ACAUUCCCAUAUGUAACGAAAUACUCCUUAUUUUUUUCUGUGUACUGCUGGAACAGAGAGACAAAUACCUCCAAGUAAAUGUCUGUGUUUACACGUGUUUUGAUUCGUGACUAACCCAGAAGACGGGAUUUUAGAUGUAGAAAAACGUCUAGAAAAUUCUACACCCAACUUUAAUUCAUAAAAAAAAUCGUAGCUCCACAGAGUUGGUGGAUUCCAGUCAGGUGUCGUCGACGGUCUGUGUGACGUGCGGCUCCUUCAGACUUCACUCUUCUUCAGAGUUGUGUCUGUUAACAGUGGAGAGGUGAUCAACUCCGUUCAACUCCGUUCAACUCCGUUCAACUCCAUCCAUUCCUCGCAGUCUCCGGGCCAGGUUUUGAUGCAGCGCCGCCACUUGCCCGAGCACUUGGAUUGGCUGAAGGAGAAAGGUAGCCUGCAGAGACUCGGCUCCUUCCUUCCUCCAGCUCAGUCCAGUCAGUGAGAGUGUGAGCCUCGGUGCGCGCACACACGCGUUUGGUCUAUACCCGGCUCACUCACUCUCCCCCUCUCUCUCUCUCUCUCUCUCCUUCUCUCUCCCUCUCUUUCUCUUACACACUCACACUGUCGCUUCCACGCGUGGAAGGUGCGGACCUACGGGAGGACUGUGAUUUUUGGAGCGCCACUGAUCGGAGCAUGAAUUUUCCUUCUUCAAGACAUCGAUGCGCACAGACCCGAGCGAGGCUUCCAGAGGGAAAGGCUGAUCUUUAAAUGCAUCAUUUUACCCGGCGCAGGGCGGCGCGCGCCCCUCUCAAUUAUUAAAACUGUCACAGUUCGUAUGUUUGCGCCACAACAAAGCGUUGGAUUUCUAUUUCCCCGCAAAGCUGUUUGUUUACGCUGCCGUCGGAGAAGGUGAGGGGUUAAGAUUGUUUCUUUAACGGCUGCUGCGCGAAUCCAGCGAGCGUGUGUGAGCGCAAUCUCCCCCCACCACCACCACCACCACCACCUCCCGUCCUCAGACUCGGACUCGGACUUGGGCUCAGAGCGGAGUUUUGACUCCUCAUCAUGGGCUCCGCUGCACGGACCGACAGAGAAGGAGCGCGGAGGAGAUCUGCUCCAGAGAUGCUGCUCAGCUUGUCCUGGAUCUGCCUGCUCAUCCUGCUGGACGUCGGACGGGCUCAAGUGGAUGAUGACUUCAUCGGUCUUGGGGAGCUGCCAGAGACCUUCCCCUCGGACCCUCCCGAGCCCCUGCCUGUGUUCUUGAUGGAGCCGGAGGAGGCCUACAUAGUCAAGAACAAGCCGGUCAACUUGUACUGCAAGGCCACUCCUGCCACGCAGAUCUACUUCAAGUGCAACAGCGAGUGGGUUCACCAGAAGGAGCACACGGUGGAGGAGCGCGUGGACGAGAACUCUGGUCUGGUAGUCAGGGAGGCCAGCAUAGAGAUCACUCGGCAGCAGGUGGAAGAGUUGUUUGGGCCUGAGGACUUCUGGUGUCAGUGUGUGGCCUGGAGCUCUGCAGGAACCACCAAGAGCCGCAAGGCCUUCGUUCGCAUCGCCUAUUUGAGGAAGACAUUCGACCAAGAACCUCUGGGAAAGGAAGUGGUUCUUGAACAGGAAGUGUUGCUCCAGUGUCGUCCACCUGAAGGCAUCCCAGCUGCUGAGGUGGAGUGGCUAAAGAACGAGGAGGUAAUUGAUCCGGCUGAUGACAGAAACUUCUACAUCACCAUCGACCACAACCUGAUCAUCAAACAGGCCAGACUCUCUGACACGGCCAACUACACCUGCGUGGCAAAGAACAUCGUGGCCAAGAGACGCAGCACGACAGCAACAGUCAUUGUCUACGUGAAUGGUGGUUGGUCCACGUGGACAGAGUGGUCAGUGUGCAACAGCCGCUGUGGCCGUGGAUACCAGAAACGCACACGCAGUUGUACCAACCCAGCUCCGCUAAAUGGAGGUGUCAUCUGUGAAGGACAGGGCAUCCAGAAGCUGGCGUGUAACCCUCUCUGCCCAGUGGAUGGCCUGUGGACAGAGUGGAGUAAGUGGUCCACCUGUGGGACAGAGUGCACCCACUGGAGGAGGAGGGAAUGCAGCGCCCCGGCGCCCAAAAACGGGGGGAAGGACUGUGAGGGCAUGGUGCUCCAGUCCAAGAACUGCACGGAUGGGCUGUGCAUGCAGAGUUCCUUAUUUCAGAAGUCCUCAGAGGCUAAAGACAAGAGUGGUUUGGGGAAUUCAUUGGCCCCGAGCACCGAUGACGUCGCCCUGUACGUGGGCAUUGUCAUCGCGGUGAUCAUGUGCCUGGUCAUCUCUGUGGUGGUGGCGCUCUUCGUCUACAGGAAGAACCACCGUGACUUUGACUCCGACAUCAUCGACACCUCUGCCCUCAACGGUGGCUUCCAGCCAGUCAGCAUCAAGACUGCACGCAAAGCCGAGCUGCUAACAGCGCCACCUGACCUGACCUCGGCAGCAGCCAUGUACCGCGGCCCCGUCUACGCCCUCCACGAUGUGGCUGACAAAAUCCCCAUGACCAACUCCCCCCUGCUGGACCCUCUGCCCAACCUAAAGAUUAAGGUUUAUAACUCCUCGGGUCUGGUGACCCCCCAGGACGACCUGGGGGGGGAGUUCUCCAAACUGUCACCCAAGCUGCCCCACUGCCUCCUGGACAACAGCGACAGCACGAUGGGCCGGCGCACACAAACCCAGACGCUGCUCAGAACCAGGGAUCCAUCCUGCACCGCUGUGGGCUCCUUCAGUUCCCAGGGUGGGCACCUCAUAGUGCCAAACUCAGGGGUGAGUCUGUUGAUUCCAGCUGGGGCCAUUCCUCAAGGCCGAGUUUACGAGAUGUACGUGACGGUUCAGAGGAAGGACACCAUGAGGCCUUCAGUGGAAGACGGCCAAACAGUCCUGAGCCCCGUGGUGAGCUGCGGACCACCGGGGGCCUUGUUGACCCGCCCUGUCAUCAUCACCAUGCACCACUGCGCCGUGUGUGACGGCCAACAGGAUUGGCUGAUCCAGCUCAAGAACCAGUCGCCGCAGAACCAGUGGGAGGAUGUAGUCGUGGUCGGUGAGGAAAACUUCACCACACCAUGUUACAUCCAGAUGGAUGAGGAGGCCUGCCACAUCCUGACAGAGACGCUGGGAACCUACUGCCUCGUAGGGCAGACGCUCAGCGCUUCCACCAUAAAGCGCCUGAAACUGGCCAUUUUCGGUCCGGUCACCUGCCCCGCCAUGGAGUAUCACAUCAGAGUCUACUGUCUGGAUGACACGCAGGACGCACUCAAGGAAGUCCUGCAGAUGGAAAAACAAAUGGGAGGGAAGUUGUUGGACGAACCAAAGACUCUCAGCUUCAAAGACAGCACGCACAAUCUGAGACUCUCCAUCCAUGACAUCUCACACGCACUGUGGCGGAGCAAGCUGCUGGCCAAGUACCAGGAACUUCCAUUCCAUCAAGUAUGGAGUGGUUCUCAGAGGAACCUCCACUGUUGCUUCACUCUAGAGAGGUUCUCUGCCAGCACGGUGGACCUGGCUUGUAAGAUAUGCGUGCGCCAAGUCGAAGGAGAAGGACAGAUAUUCCAGCUGGACACAAUACUGUCAGAGGAUUCCCAGAGCAUUGACACGUCCCUGCUGGACCCUGCCAGUAACAUCACCACGCUGGUCGGCCCCAACGCUUUCCGCAUCCCCGUCUCCAUCCGGCAGAAGCUGUGUGGCAGCCUGGACGCACCUCAGACCAGAGGCAACGACUGGAGGAUGUUGGCCCACAAACUGGAUCUGGACAGAUAUCUCAACUACUUUGCCACCAAAUCCAGUCCUACAGGAGUGAUCCUGGAUUUGUGGGAGGCUCAGCAUUUCCCCGACGGCAACCUGAGUCGCCUGGCUCAGGUGCUGGAGGAGAUGGGACGUCACGACAGCCUGCUUCCCUCCGUGACUGAGCACUGACAUCUGCCCACCAGGGACUGAGGGAUUCCAGGGAGUCAGAAGAAGAAGAAGAAGAAGAAGAAGGGAAAUAAGAAGACGUAAAAAGAAAAUGAGAGAUGGAGAAGCCUCGGAGCAGAGGAGUCAUCAGAGUGACAAAUACACACACACUCUCUCUCUCUCUGUGUGUAUGUGUGUGGAUACACCCAAAGAACUGAGGAGAUAAAAACAGCGAGGUCUGCUCAGCCAUGACCCAGUUAAACAUUGGCAACAAAGGAUGUGAAAACUUGAGGGUAAACAAGAAUCUGUGCCAGUGAUUUUUCUCUGGCUUGUCCUCUCUCUCUCUCUCACUUUCACUCUAUCUUUCUCUCUCUCUAUCACUCUAUCUUUCUCUCUCUCUCAUAGAAAAUUUUGGUUUUUUUGGCUCUGAAUUCCUUGGACCCAUUUGCGCCGUUAUUUGGAUGAACUGUACGGAAGUGAGGACGAUGCCCUCGCUGUUAGCCAACAGUGAGUAUCAACAGAGGUGAAAAGGGAAGAGGAGCUGAUCUCGGAUCAGAUCAGAGAAAACAUCUUUUAAUCUGUGAUGACUCUGUAUUUAAUAAUAAUUUGUCUUAUACCUAUCUUUUUCUUUUUCUUUUUUUUUUUUGUAAUUUAUAUCUGUUAGGGAAAUUUACUUUGUUGUGUCCUCACAUUUUUACUUUUCGGUUGACUUGGUUUUUACUACCCUCUGGUGGACUGUUGCGGUAACGGCUCAUCCAGAAGAACGAACGGUGGAACCAUUUUAGUCUUGCUGUUUUAACUAAUGUUUGAUUUUUAAUGAUGAUUUUAUCUUUAGUCACGAGUCGUUGAAAUGUUUUUAAAUAAGUUAUUUUUUUUUACAUUUAACUUUGGUAUAAUUUCGUUAAACUCCACCAGUUGAUCAACACAGGGCGGUCGAUGUGAUGUGACGUUCCUCUUGAUGGCGUUUUGUAAGUUGAGAAAGAAACGUGAGGGAACAGCGCAGGAUCAAAUAUGUAUAUUUUUCUAGGACCAAUGCAUCAGAAUUCAACUGCUUUGUACCAAAAAAAAAGAAAAAAAGGAAAGGACACAUUUUCUAGGACUAAAUUUAAUACACGGUCAUCUAAAUGUCCAGUAUCACUCAUCACGAGCAGACACUUCCUGUGUCUCCAAAACUGAACUCCUGCAUUCGUCCGAAGUCCGAUUUCUCUGCUUGUUCAUUAAAGACAGAAGCCAUUCACUUUGUAUACGACGACACCGAGUCUGUGCUUCAAAUAUAUAUGUAUGAAUAUAUAUAUUAGCGAUGGCUGUAAAUGAUCCAGCAGCAGCUGUGACUGUUGGAGUGUGUUCUAAAUCGACUCUUUUUUUUUUUGUUAUCACGUUGGCAGUUGUUUGGUUCGGGCCGUCUAUGCAAACCGUUGCACCCUUUUGGAAACAAUCGUGAACUCUUGUCCGUGGUUGGACCUUUUGCAUCUGCUCCUCCUCCCGUCGACGCGGGGCCUCAUGAUUCACGGUGUUGUACAGUGAGAAUGUCACCCGUUUUUUUUUUCUUCUCCAGCACUCACCUGGUCCUCCAGCCGCCGCUUGCAUCUCACCUGUCGUGCUACUGUAAAAAGUGUAAGAAAGAAUUUUUAAAACUAAUAAUAAAUUAUAUUUAUAUGCAACAUUGGGGAAAAAAAGAAAAAAACAACAAACGAAGAAGAUCUUUUUUUUUCUGUCUGUGUUUCUGUGCAUGACUUCACCGACACAGUUGUUUUAUUAGGGAAUGUGGUCCACGCCCCACUCUUCACCCUCCUCAUCACUUAUGUACAGAUUAAAUAAGGCACGUGCCGUUGGUGGUUGUGGAGUGGACCGGGCGUAUUCUGUACAUGGAAAUCACCAAAAAAAAAAAACACACCAAAAUACAAUACUUAAUAAUAUAUUCCAGCAAAACUAUGUACAAAUGGAGUAAAACGAAGAGGAGG